AACAAUAAUUUUUUCUAAUCAGUAUAGUUAUACUUAUUAUGCUAUCAUGAAUCUAUAAAUAUGAUGCAUUCUUUAGUUGUUAAUAUUGGCUUCGUUAAUGCAGUUUAACGUCCGAGUCUUUGUGCGCGAUUUUAAUAAUUUUUGUUUUGUUAAUAAUAAUGAAUAUAGAGCACAAGGAAGUGUGGUCGCAUCCCUAGCGAUUUUUUCGGUUUUUUACGUUUCCUAGUCAUUUGACCAGUCAGUUUUGUUUUUUAAGCAUAUAAUAAUUUGAGUGUUUUUUUAUUCUUAUAAUUUUCUAAUAAUUAGACGUUAACGAUGGGGUGUUGUGCUACCACCACUGUCCAAAGGGUGACAAUGAUUUCUGCUGUAGCAGUUAUAAUAUUAGGAGUACUGAUGGCUGUGGGUUGGGAUAAUCUGUUAUUUAAGAUCGUUUACAAGCAACUAGUCGUAAAUAAAAAUACAACAACUGGUUUCGAAAUGUGGAAAGAAACCCCAAUACCGAUGUACCUGGAAUUUAACAUGUUCAACUGGACCAAUGCCGAAGAGUAUAAGAAAAAUCCCUCAAUCAAGCCCGCCUUCACAGAAAUGGGACCUUAUGUAUUCUAUGAACACCAUAUUAGGGAAAAUAUUACUUUUAAUGACAAUGAUACACUGACAUAUCUAAAUAAAAGGAUUUGGCGGUUUGAACCUGAUAAGUCCAACGGUUCACUUGGUGAUAUUAUUACUAUGUUGAACCCCAUACCCGUGGUUGUCGCCAGCGUAGUGAAAGACGAACAUUAUAUCGUAAAAAAAGCAGUAAAUUUCAUUCUGCAAGAAAAAGACGAGGAUCUUUAUAUAAAAAAAGAAAUAGGCAAAAUUUUGUUUGAGGGUUACAAUGACACCUUAAUCAAUAUUGCCCUCAAGUUAAAUAUAUCCGGCUUUACUUUUCCUUUUAAAACUUUUGGUUGGUUUGCAGAGAGAAACAAUAGCGCCACUUACGACGGCGUUUAUAAUAUGUACUCGGGUGGCAAAGACAUAUCGAAGCUCGGAGUGAUCACCCGUUGGAACUACGAACACCUAACCUCAUACUAUCCAGACGGUUGUAACAUUGUUAAUGGCAGUUCUGGAGAGCUAUGGUAUCCACCGUUGAACGCUGAGCAAAUUUCCAUUUUUUCACCAGAUUUGUGCAGCAACGUAAAUCUACACCUCAACGGGACAGAAACGCUAUAUGGAAUUGUUGGUAGCCUCUAUAAAGGAGAAGCGGACGUUUUCGAUAAUGGAACUUAUUUUGAAAGCGGAAAAUGCUAUGCUACUGAGUUACCGACUGGAGUGAGGAGCGUCUCGAAGUGCAAAUUUAAUGCUCCAGCAUUUAUGUCUUUUCCCCACUUCUACCUCUCAGAUCCAAGUUUUAAGGAAGCAGUUGAUGGUAUGAAUCCCGACCCAGAUAAACAUACUACCAGACUCUCGUUAGAGCCGAGUACGGGAUUGCCCUUGAGAGUGCACGCUUCGUUUCAGCUCAAUUUACUUAUGAGACAAAUGGAUGGAAUUGACAUUUAUAGCAAAAUAAACACCACCCUGAUGCCUUGCUUUUGGUUCGCUCAAAAAGCCGAACUAACAGAAGACCUUUCCAGCAUGGUAAAGCUCAUAAUAGUAGCGGAAAAAGUAGGAAAUUACACCGCUUACGGUCUGACCUUGAUCGGCAUUCUUCUUUUGAUAAUUUACACGUACAUAACCUACAAAAGAGGAUGGAGAACCGACGUGUUUUGGAGGGCGACAGGAAAGAAAGUAUCUCCUAUGUAGUUAAUUUUUAAAUGUAAGUCAAAAGUUCAAAAAUAUUAUUUGCUGAAACGUUUUGUACAUACAGAAUGUUUUUAUGAAUGUUUACUGAUGUGCAGGGUGCUGACAGGGUGAAAAAUUAACUAAAAAAUUACUUAUUAGGUCAUGAUUUUAAUUAUAAAGACGCUUUCCUUGGAUUUUAUGAAAUAAUAUUAAAUUUAAUUUAUUUUGCAUUAAAUUUCCGUAUUUAGCACUGUUUGGUUUUUAUAUUUUCACCGAUUUAAGUAGAUCCUAAUUUGGUUUUUUUAUUUUAGCCAGUAGCAUUCCAGAUGAAUUUCCUAUACAAAUUAUUUUUUAUACAUUAUAAAAGUAAAUUAAUAUCCUGUACAUAAGGUUUUAGUGAGAACAUUUUAUUGGUAAUAAACCAGUACAUAUAAUUUUUCUCUAUCAAAGACUGUUAAGAAAUUUUUUUUUAGAAAUUGUCUCUUAAGCGAACUUAGAGAGGAAUGUAUAGAUUAUCUUUAAAUAUUUAUGUUACAAUUACCAUGCUGUGAUAAUCGCUUGGAGCAAUUGCUUUUAGAUAGUUUUAGUUAUAAAAAAGAUGUAUAUGGAUUUAUAUUGUUACUUACUCUGAUGAUAUUUUAUGAACUCGUUUGUUCACAUAAUUAUAAUUCAAAUAAAUAAUGUUUUAUCUUAA